UACUGGAAGCAACAGCUUCGAGUGAGUGUAGAGCCGGGAGAACAUAGACCGCUGGUCUUUUUGUUGAUGUACUUAUCGUCUAUAGAUUUGGAUCCAGCUACAAUUAGAGAUGGAUGUGUUUAAUACAAUGCAUCGUAAUAAACGAGUCAUCGUAGUUGUAUGUGUUUGUGUUGCUACAGUCGGUUUCCUGCUGCACCAUAAGCAUUACCAUGGGUACUACGGACAAGUACCAGAUCAGCGAAUAUCUUACAAACUCGGCGGUGGUUCUGCUUUGAUUAACAUGAUUCGGCUAAAGGACAAGAUGACGGUCGAGUUGGAUCAACAAACUAAUAAAGACAUGGAUACUGAGAAACGUUGGGGGCUUGGGGAGAAGGGAUACAACAGACCAAUGGAUCAGGGAAGAAAGCUGAUUAACGUAGAAGUCUUGGCAAUUUUGGAGACACCCGAGAAGAAGGAAAAGAAUUGGUCUGAUUAUGAGGACCUUCUCUUGAAUUGGAAAUGGAAGCCGAGUCAGACCAACCUAACCCGAGUCAGAGAGGAGUUGGAAGCCCAACAUGUGGAUAUACGUGAUCGGUUACUCACAUCCAAUGCAACAAUGAAAGAAGGCCAAGUUAUGACGAUGUAUCUAUCGGGCCAGAAUGCUUCACUUACUCCAGUGUUUGCACAACAACAGGACAAGGUAUCACCUUUCAAAGGGAAACAGUUCAAGAAAUGCAGUGUUGUUGGGAACAGUGGUUUACUUGUAAACAGUAUGUGUGGCUUUGCAGUCGAUGAUGCAGAAUAUGUAUUUAGGAUAAAUGUUCCGGAAAUGGACCCUUACGUCUUGGAUGUUGGCUUUAAGACUGAUUUUACAACCCUUAACCCAAGUAUCUUCAAAAGAAAGUAUAAUUAUUUUGGGAGUCAGCAGUUGACUGAUAAAUUUAACUCUGACAUGGCUCAAUUCCAGGGUAUCUUAAUGUUACCGUGUUUUAGUGAUGAGGCUUGGAUGCCGAUAUGCUCCCGUGCCUUACAACGCCUUACACCCAAGAAGUACCUAAAAGUCGCCUUCGGAGAUCCACAGCAAUUCUCACUAAUCAGGGACUACUGGGUUACAAAGGGUCUCUCAAAAUACCCAUCCACUGGUUUAUACCUUGUCACUGCCGCUAUUGCCCUCUGCAACGAGGUACAUUUGUAUGGAUUCUGGCCCUUCGUGGAGUCCAACCUACCCCACGUGACCACGCACCCAGUCAAGUAUCACUACUUCGAUAACUCCCACAUGGUACGAACUCAUGAUAUGCAUGCUGAGUUUGAUCAGUUGACCAGACUUCACCAAGAGGGCGUCCUAAAGAUACACAUACAGAACUGCGAGGACGCUGAAAAGGCCGAAAAGGCGAAGCAACGAGUGGUUUCUGCACACGGUAUCUCCAUUCAAUCUAAGAAGACAGUUACAGCACGGAAAUUCAAUCUUGAGAAGAUGUGGGGGGAUUGAUGCACUAUGCCUUAAAGUUGAUUACAACAUGUGCCUUACUAGUCUUCGUAUAUGGUUAAACUAAGUGUUACCUUGGUGGUCUUAAUAACGGAGCGCUUAGUCAUGUCUUUGCUAAGGUGUUAACGUAUUUCACAGGUUAACAAACAAAAAUUAGGCGGCCAUCUUGCGUGUUCACAAUGUAUUUGUUUUGUUACG